AUGGCACGGGCCUGCUUUGAAAUGCAUUAUUGCAGUGUGUAAUAUAAGAAAGGAAGCAAGAGAGCCUCUGUUGCUUGCUUCCUUGGAUAAAGAGAUGCAAGAGGAGUGGGCGGGUGCCUUACUGGUCCAUCCGCGCAACAGCUGACAGGUGAGGUGAAGGUGAGGCAGGGCUGCUGGCGGGGCGGCGAGUAGGCGGGGUGAGGCUUUGGCAAACACCUGUACACCGCCACAUCUGCACGCUUCUCACAUCUCGCACCUUAUACUCGGCUAUGUGAGGCACGCUAUCUCUCCAAGUAUCCUACUGUACAGCCCAAUCCGGCCCUUGUCCCAGUCUCGCCGCCUCGCUCGAGAUGCCCACACCAACAACCUUGCCGCAGCAACAGUAGGACCCACACUCACAGCCGACAGGAUGGCCUGGAUGAACGGUGUGGCGGUGGGCCAGGCUGCCUAUCAGCCCACCAGUGUGGAGCACUGGGCCAAUAUGGUCACUCAUGGGCUAUUCGUGCUGCCGGCAAUCUAUGGAGCAGUGUUCAUGGUGACAGCUGCUCACUGUAGCCUCCACCAGCUGGCUGCUGCCAUUUAUGGCUUGGGGCUGGCUGGCCUCUUCAGUGUGUCUACCUUCUUCCAUAUUGUCUUCUAUCUUGGCUAUUACAAGAAACUGAAGGAGGUGCUCCACCGUGGUGAUCGGGCCAUGAUCUAUGUCUUCAUAGCCACAUCUUACACCCCUUGGCUCCUGCUUCGUCCUCUUCCUCAAGACUCCUGGACACUACAUCUAAGGUGGGGCAUCUGGGUGCUGGCAGUGGUGGGCAUCCUUUACCAGCAGAUGUUUCACGAGAGGUUCAAGAUGCUGGAGACUGUGUUCUACCUUGUGAUCGGCAUCAUGCCCUCCAUGGCAGUAAUGAAUAUGAUCUUCAAGGAUGAUCGCUCAGGGUUGGCAGAGCUCAAGCUAGGUGGCGCCAUCUAUGUGUUGGGCGUGGUGUUCUUCAAGCUGGAUGGGCGUGUACCACUUGCACAUGCCAUCUGGCACCUCUUUGUGGUGCUGGCCGCUUUCAUCCACUACUAUGCAGUCCUCACAUACCUCAUUCUGCCCCAGGCUGGCAUGGAGGAAGCCGAGGCCUGGACACAGGGUGAGGGUCAGUGUGAUGCAUCAGCCUCGCAUGAGUGUCCAGCACUCUAGGGACAUCAGAGUCAGGUUUACUACACUGCUAUCUUGUGGCCAAAUUGUUAAGUAUUAAUCCUCAGGUAAAGCCCCAGAGUAGUGCCAGCCAAGAUGUCUGGCCCAUGAUUGGCAGAACUACAGCAAGUCUGUAACAGUAACAAUGGAACCAAGUCAGUGCCAUAUCAAGUGGCAGUUUAUCAGCAGUUUUACUUGUUAUGGUCUUGGGAUCUGGUUUGGCAUUAUCAUGAUGGUAUUGGUAAUAUGGAGUUUUUGUACCCCAGGCUGUAUGUUGCCCUUCAACUUUUUCUUACAAAGCUGUGUGUGUUGUGUAAUGGAGAACAUGACACUAGGAAGUUUGUAAGAUUUUUUACGAAAGGAGAGAUAUUUUUUUAAGAAUAAAAUUGCUUGGGUAGGUAGAGUAGCCAGUACAAAGAAUGGUAAUGAUGCAGAACAGUCUUAUAGAACUAGUAGAGCAUUGGGGACAAGAAGAUUUUUGAGGAUGACCAUCUCACAGUUAUGGGAAGGUGAAGUAUUGUAGCAGGCAGGCAACAGCUUUAUUUGAUAAUGUAAAUUGGCCAUAGCAGCAUGUAGAAAUGAACAGCAGUAUACCUGGACAGUAAGGUAUUUUUAUCAGUAUUUAUUGACUGUAUUGAUUGCAUGUAAAAGAAAUGAGGUCAAAGUGCUGACAUUCAAGUCAGACAUUGAGGAUAUUGUAGCAGGUAGCUACUAUGUUCAGUACUUGGGUCUGUCCAAGCUACCACUGGAACUUAUCCUCACUUGUUUGUAUUAUUAUUGUGUUCAUGAUUAGUGGAAACAGUCAACACACUAAAAAUGACUGUUUGAAUGUGAAUUGAUUGAUAUUUUAUUGAGUAAUAUAAUCUGUUAAACAGUGGUGUUACAAGGAUAAUUUGUGGCUGUUAUGAGAUGGCAGUGCAUUGCUGUUUUCAGGAACUUUCAAUAUAUUAACAUCUUGCUUCAGAUGAGAAGUUUUGUGUUUACUGAAUAAUGUGAGAGCAGCAUUUGCUGUGGGAAUAAUGCAGAUAUCAGAAAUAAGCUAAGCUAAACUUAACUGUGUACCUCAGUUUUAUCCUUGUGCAUGAUUUAUUAAUCUACCCUCUUGACCAGGUUGUUGGUAUGUACGUACAAACCACUGCACACCCAUCGUAAUAACACCCUCAGAUUUAUUUAUUGAGACAAUCACCCAGUGAGAUAUCUUCUUCAGGAAUUUUAGUCUUGGUGUUUGAGAUGAAGACACCAGACACCCCACAAUGUUGUGAUGCAUUUUUAGUAUUAGAGAGCAGACCCAGUCAAAGGCUGCCUCAUGCUCAUAGAGCAUGACUUGUUAAUUCUCCCACAUCAGUUGUAGCUUCAUCUGGGAAUGGAGGUUAUUGGAGAGUGACAGAGUCUGUAUUUUUGUAUUUCACAACUUGACUUGAGAAUUCAAAGUUCACUUUGUACUGUACACUGAACCAGUGUACUCUUGCCAAGACUUUGUGAUAACAAUUUGUCACAUUUAAGGAAGAAUACUUGUCACAAAUUACAAUGUCAUGAAAGAACUAUUUAAGCUUGCCUUUAAGGAUUCUUCUAUGCUUGCAUAGGCAAGGUGAAAAUACAAACAAGGAAAAGACAUUUUGGAAGAAAAAACAAAUUUGCUCUUAAAAUUCUAGAAUAAUGCAGGAAAGACUUUUGGGCAUUGUCUGAGCACUGCCCCUAAAACAUGAUAAGAAACUAACUGUUCAUAUGGAGUUUUUCAGCACAAUUUAAGUCCAUAAACUACAAUGAUGCCAUCUACAAAUAUGUACUAGGAUAAAUCAAAUACCAAAUUAGGUAGAAAAUUUACUGAGAGCAGUCUUGUCAGAUGACAAAGAUUUGAUAAUUGAAUACCAUAAGCUUCCUGGAUAUCACAGGAAUUAAUCCUCAGAGAAAAGUUUAAGGAACCCAGAGAUCACCUUUAGGCAGGGACUUUCAAAAUCAGUGGCAGUUUGGACCCAGAAAACUGUGUGAUUCUUACAAAUUAUUAAUUUCAAAUCAUUAUUAGUAGUAAAUGUGACAUAUAUGUAAUGGUGCUUGGAGAAGACUGGCUCUUAGUUAUUCUUCAUUUCCUAAAUUACUUACUCUUUGUACUAAGAGGCUCAUAAUUGAAGAUUUAAAAACUUCUUACCAUUCCCUUGAUCCAGAGCUAGUAAUAAUGUGAAGGUUUGAGCAAUUACCAUGAACAUUUUUAUGUUUGUGAUCAUAUCACAAGGCAAGGCAUAGAUAAUUAAGUGCAAGUUGGAUGCAGGAAGACAGCCUCCACUGAAGUGGAAAGAUAAAGAGUGCAUCACUAUGAGAGGGAGCAUGGAAAAAGGAGACUGAAAGGACUAUAGCACACAAGAGUUUACAUAGAUAGAGAAACUUAUCAUGUCCAUUCUCUUUUGGAAGUCAGUAAAUAGAUGCCACAUGAGAAAGUGCAUUAUAUUCCCAUCUGUUUUCUUUUCCAUUAGCUACUUUUAUUAGGGAGAGGCUGUGUCAAGCUAAGUAACAUCCUGCUAUUGUUGGGAUACUGGCUAUAGCUAGUGCCCUUAAGAUGCCCCUACAAGGCAGUACCUCAGUGUGGUGGUGGUUACAUGCUGAGUCUUGGCAAAUCAUCACCUUACAUAAAUUUUUGUUAGUAAUAUUAACUCAUCAUCAUUGCUCCACCACAACACUGAGUAGAACAGGAGUUCAUUGGUUCUUAAGCAGAUUGUUGCACUGUGCCUCAAAUUUCAAACAUUUUACAGCCUGUAGACACAGAGGGCUCAGUAAACAAGCAGCAGGCUGGAGGUGAACCACAUCUCCUGAGGAAACACAAUAGUCUGUUAGUUCUGCUGGAGUUAGCCAGCAGCAGUAGUAGCAUGUGCCACAAUGCCAUUCCUUAGUCUCCUCACUGCCAGUUUGACAAACAGCCUUUGUCACCAUUGUCUUGUAGCUCAGCAUUGUGUUGUGUUGUGUUGUGCAGGCAACUUGGAUGACAUGAGACAACCAUGCCUGUGAUGAUCACCUGAACUGGUCAUAGAGUUGUUCCAUUUGUUGUUAUUCUUGUUAAUGUUGAUUAAGAAUAUAAGACAACAUAAUCCAUGCUAUAGUUUACCAUUCAACUCAGACUAGUGUGAGGAGUUAAGUCAGACAUCAUCCAAAGUGUACUCUAAUACAAAACAGAUCAUUCAUCGUGUGUCUAUCACAGCAAGGAUUCAUAUCCUGCUAUACUCUUAUAUGGCGGAUAUGGUUCCAAAAAAUCCACCAUUUACAUGAGGGACAGAGGGCAAGAAUGUGUGUGCUCCUUAUCGAACAAACAAAAAGGAGGCCUCUCUCUUUAACUGCCACUCUCACCCAGGUUAGCUCUCAUCAUACUCCUCUAUGUUUAUUGUAAGAAAUUUCUCAAAUAUUUGUUGCUCUCUGUUGUCAAAAUACUCUACAGGUGCUUUGCACUUAGUGGAGUAGAUCUACAGUUGUACAUGUAUGUGGCUAACAUGUUUGUUAUUGAGUGUAGCUGAUGAUCUGAAAGAACAUGUAAAUAUAGAUUAUGUGAUAGUGUCUGGUGAAAAUGAAAUGUUCAGAGUUUUGGUGUGUUUGUGAAUGUUAUUUAUUGUGUGACUGAUGACUUACUCUGAUAACUUUGCAAUAGGACAGUGCACAGGAGACUUAUUUAUUAAAUACAAUGGAAAAGUUGCUAAAUUGUGAUUUUCAGUGGUUGUACAUUAAUACUAAAAUACAAGAAAUUUAGGAACAUGGUUCUCUACUAAUUGCCAAAUUCACUAUUUCAUAAUUGUAUACCUUCUCUCUCUUGGGAAGCAAAGUAAUGCCCUGUGUGUGUGUGUGUGUGUGUGUUAUACUCCAGGGGUGGAAAGUUAUAGUAAGCCAGCAAAAUUUCAAGCUAUGCAUCACUGAAAAUGUUGCAAUUUUUCUUUUAGUACAACCAAUAGUAAAAAAGAUAGAAAAGACAAAUAAGGGCCAGAGAUUAAGAUGGGAUACCAAUCAUCAUUAAAACUGAAAGUCAUAAUAUGGUCUAUGGUCAUGUGUUUUUUAGUUCACUUUUUAAAAUUGAUGAGCAGCUCUCCUGCCUCAUUUUGUUGAUUAUUAAUGGCCAUGAAAAUAUAAAUGACAGCAUUUGUUAGAGAAACUAUUGAAGCUAUACUGUUUAUAUAUUAUGCUACAAUCGGUUUUGUAUUCUGAACAUACAAAUUGGAAAGGAGAGAGAGAGAAAGAGACAGGUUGGGAAUCCCUUCACUCUGCAUUCACACAUGCCAUGAUAUUAAGAACCAUUAGCUCAUGAUCAAGGAAGUUUGUUUCCUAAGCACUCAUCUUUUUCAUAUACUAUACUAUUUUUUAAGUUUUAUGGUAUUGCCAUCUUCCCCACCAGCUACAGUAUUGUAUAAGGAUGUAGGGAUCAUAUUUGUUAUAUUAGACUCAUCAAGUUCAUGUUAUUAACCAUUCAUGUCAAGAAAGUAAUUCUUUCUGCAAAAUCUUAGGUGUCUGUAUUGUAUGGUGCCGUAGGAAGCAACUUAACCCAUGGUUUAUGGUUUAGUCCUCCAUUCUCUUCUCAUGACUGUGCCAAACUUUAAUGUAUCGUCAUACUUAAAGCCUUUUAUUUUUUCAUAUCUAAUUAGUCUACAUCACAAGUUAGCAUAUUUACUAUGCAUCCUUUUUUGUAAGGCUUAGAUUGGUCCUCCUCUUAUUUUUGUGGAGGUUUGGUUUAUCAGCCCUAACUCUUGGUGGCACAGGCAGAUUUUUAGUCUGCAGAGGCUGAUGCCACUCCCAAGAUGCAGUUCUGAUCAAAGAUGAGAAUCGUAGGAUGCAUGAAGUAUUCUCCAUCCAGUCAACAAUAGCUGGAAAAUGUGGCCAGCUUCAAACAGAACUGAUCCUGAGUCCUUGAGAUCUGUGUAGAUUCCUCUGGGUCGUUAAUUUAGAGAAUCAUCAUGGAGAUGGUGAAAGCCAAGACUCAGUUCCAGCAAGUUUGAUCAUGUAUGGCUUGUAACAAACUGGGGCACACAACAAGUUUCUAUGAACAGUUGCCUUCAGUAGUGACAAAAUAUACAUUUUCCUAUGGAUGACCAAACAGUAGGUCUUAGAGGGAAAUCAGUAGUGCAAACAAUAUUUCUUCCUGCCACUUUGAUGUGUUCUCUUAAUAAGAAAAAUGCAAUCUAAGCCUCACCAGUUAACAUUUUCGGUAAUGUUUAGAACAGCCAUUAAUAAUUCAAACCAUUUCAACCUACAUUAAUAUCUAUAUAAAUGACAUCUCAUGAUUUAUGUACAUGUGAAUUUCUGAGAUAAUUCACAAGACAGGCAAUGUACAGGGUUAAUGAGGGUUCUUCCCUGCCCUUAUAUUAUAGGGAAAGAAGUGAUGAUAUGAUGACUUGGGGACAUGUAGAACUACAUGCCAGUACAGUGGAUGUCCCAGACGACAUGAGUGCACCCCUUGAGACUUGCCAAUACUAACUGAAAUGUCUUGCUGGGCUGGAGGUGAGAGAGAAAGGCAAGCUGACAGACAGAAAUGAGUAUGGUCCUAGGAGUGGUGGGAGAGGGCACUAGCAUAGCAGGUAGAGAGAUAGGCAGCAACAGCACCAUACACACACUUAUAUCAUGUUGCCAAACUCUAGCAUCAUUAACAGUGACGUGUUCAGAAAGUGUUCCCUUGUCUGUGCUCUUCCUCGCAGUUGUGUGUUUGUCUUAGAAACCUUUGUACUAGUGUAACACCAGCAGUGACUCAGUGUGUCAUACUAGGGCCUCUUUAGGAUUCAGUGAGCUGAUCCUUUCUAGAGUGAAGUAGAUAAUGAUAAAAAUGGUGAUAAAGAAUUUAUGUAAUGUGUACCUUCUAAUACUACUCCAAAUGUCUGUGGUUGUACUUUUUAAUAUUGUAUUUGUCUAUGUUUCAAAUAAAUACCUGAAAUUUAA